CUGGGGUGCUGCGCUUCCGGUGUGUAGCGGAAGUUCUCUGAAAGUGUCAGCUGCGGAGCUUGUGCGGUUUGUUUUGCUGGCGACGUCCAGUUGUUGCUGCCAUGGGCAAAAGAGACCGAGCGGACCGUGACAAGAAGAAGUCCAAGAAGAGGCACUACGAGGAGGAGGAAGAUGAAGACGACGCGCCUGGGAAUGAGUCCCAGGAGGCUGUGCCCUCGGCCGCCGGGAAACAGGUGGAUGAGUCUGGCACCAAAGUGGAUGAAUACGGAGCCAAGGACUACAGGCUGCAGAUGCCGCUGAAGGGCGACCACACUUCUAGGCCCCUCUGGGUGGCUCCUGAUGGCCACAUUUUCUUGGAAGCCUUCUCUCCAGUUUACAAAUAUGCCCAAGACUUCUUGGUGGCUAUUGCAGAGCCAGUGUGCCGACCUACCCAUGUGCAUGAAUACAAGCUAACUGCCUAUUCCCUGUAUGCAGCUGUCAGCGUUGGUCUGCAAACUAGUGACAUCACUGAAUACCUCAGGAAGCUCAGCAAGACUGGAGUCCCUGAUGGAAUUAUUCAGUUUAUUAAGUUGUGUACCAUCAGCUAUGGAAAAGUCAAGCUGGUCCUGAAGCACAACAGGUACUUCGUUGAAAGCUCCCACCCGGAUGUCAUCCAGCAUCUUCUUCAAGACCCAGUGAUCCGGGAAUGCCGCCUGAGGAAUGCUGAAGGAGAGGCCACUGAGCUCAUCACAGAGACUUUCACAAGCAAAUCUGCUAUUUCUAAGACUGCAGAAGGAGGUGUUGGGCCUUCCACUUCCCAGGUGACAGAUCCACAGGCUAAAUCUGAUAUUCCUACAGACCUUUUUGACUUUUAUGAGCAAAUGGACAAGGAGGAGGAGGAGGAAGAGGAAACACAGACAGUAUCUUUUGAAGUUAAGCAGGAAAUGAUUGAGGAGCUCCAGAAGCGCUGCAUCCACCUGGAGUACCCACUGUUGGCAGAAUAUGACUUUCGGAAUGAUUCUGUCAACCCUGACAUCAACAUUGACCUGAAACCCACCGCUGUCCUAAGACCCUAUCAGGAGAAAAGCCUGCGGAAGAUGUUUGGGAAUGGGCGAGCCCGUUCAGGAGUCAUUGUUCUUCCUUGUGGUGCUGGGAAGUCCCUGGUUGGUGUGACUGCUGCAUGCACUGUCAGAAAGCGCUGUCUGGUGUUGGGCAACUCUGCUGUGUCUGUGGAGCAGUGGAAAGCCCAGUUUAAGAUGUGGUCAACCAUUGAUGACAGCCAGAUCUGCCGCUUCACCUCAGAUGCCAAAGACAAGCCCAUCGGCUGCUCCAUUGCUAUUAGCACUUACUCCAUGCUGGGCCACACCACCAAAAGAUCCUGGGAGGCCGAGAGAGUCAUGGAAUGGCUCAAAACCCAGGAGUGGGGACUCAUGAUCCUUGAUGAAGUGCAUACCAUUCCAGCCAAGAUGUUCCGACGGGUGCUGACCAUCGUGCAGGCUCACUGCAAGUUGGGUUUGACUGCAACCCUUGUCCGGGAAGAUGACAAAAUUGUCGACUUAAAUUUCCUGAUUGGGCCUAAGCUCUACGAAGCCAACUGGAUGGAGUUGCAGAACAAUGGGUACAUCGCCAAAGUCCAGUGUGCUGAGGUUUGGUGUCCGAUGUCUCCUGAGUUCUACCGGGAAUACGUGGCAAUCAAAACAAAGAAAAGAAUCUUGUUGUACACCAUGAACCCCAAUAAGUUCAGGGCUUGCCAGUUUCUGAUCAAGUUUCAUGAAAGGAGGAAUGACAAAAUUAUUGUCUUUGCUGAUAAUGUGUUUGCCUUGAAGGAAUAUGCCAUUCGCCUGAACAAACCCUAUAUUUAUGGACCUACAUCCCAGGGAGAAAGGAUGCAGAUUCUCCAGAACUUCAAGCACAACCCCAAAAUCAACACCAUCUUCAUAUCCAAGGUUGGUGACACAUCCUUUGAUCUGCCAGAAGCCAAUGUCCUCAUUCAGAUUUCUUCCCAUGGUGGCUCCAGGCGGCAGGAAGCCCAGCGCUUGGGGAGGGUGCUCCGAGCCAAAAAAGGAAUGGUUGCAGAGGAGUACAAUGCCUUCUUUUACUCCCUGGUGUCCCAGGACACACAGGAAAUGGCUUAUUCUACCAAGCGACAGAGAUUCUUGGUAGAUCAGGGUUACAGCUUUAAGGUGAUCACAAAGCUAGCCGGCAUGGAAGAGGAAGAGCUGGCAUUCUCCACAAAAGAGGAGCAGCAGCAGCUCCUGCAGAAGGUCCUGGCCGCCACUGACCUGGACGCCGAGGAGGAGGUGGUGGCUGGAGAAUUUGGCUCUAGAUCCAGCCAU